AUGGCAAGCAAAAUAAGGGGCGACGUGAGCCUCUCAGACUUACUCACAACUCAAAUACGCCUCACCUCGCUCCCGAACGAGCUUCUGAUCGCGAUUGCGAACAACCUCGAUCGCAGAAGCCUAUCCCGAUUGAUACAGGCCAACCACCGCACUUGUCAUGCACUCACCCAUAUUUUGUAUGACGACGUUGUCCGCGAGCCAACUGGAUAUAAGCCCCAUCUCGAAACCACAUACAAAAUAUUCAACCACUGCGUAUGUACGGGUUUGCUCGGGCCAAUGGCGAACCUCCUCGUCCGGAAAGUCGAUCCUCCGCCGCCGAUCAUCAAAGAAGCAAUCCGGUGCGGCCGCACAAAAGUUCUGUUGACCAUGAUACGCCAUAAUGAGGCUGCCUUCCGAAAGACGGUAAGGGAAAGAUAUGAAAUAAAUUCCGACGACGAGUACCCUCUCACCGGCGCGGUCAGUACUAGACAAAUUGAUGUUAUCCGCUUGGUUUUACUUUAUCUCAGUCCCAGGCACCGCAGCAUCCUACAAGCGACCAAAGAAGCGAUAUCCGGAGACCAAAUCUCUGUGGUUACAUUUUUCAUGCGUCGGGGCAUGCUCUCGAAUAGACAGAUCUGCCUUGCCUUCCUCCACGCCUGUGAGCUCAACAAGCCCCGUAUCGCAGGUGUUCUCAUCUCUCACAUACCGACCGCCAAACGACCAGCAAUCGCAACGAGGGGUGUAUCAACAGCCAUCGCGAACGGGCAGCCACACAUCCUGAGACAACUGAUCGCCCUCGGCGGUGAUCUCCACGUUUCUGCCGGCCUCGGCUCGGGAUGGGGCGAGUAUGUGGAGGAGAUUGGGAACCACCUCCAUGGGCUCGCCAGUCAGGGUGUUCUGGACUGGCGGAAGAGGCCCGAUGAGCUGCUGGAGAUCUAUCAGAUCCUCCUUACCUCCGGACUCGACGUUAAUCAAACAAACUCCUACGGCGAUACGAUUCUGAUGACGCUGGCGAAAAAUGGACCGAAGAGUAUCGACAGAUCCCACAGGCCUUCGAUUGGGCAGAUGAGGAAAGCGUGCGUGCUAUUCCGCAGGUUGUUUAGCCUGAUUCUCUCGAUGCCUGGUGUGGAUGUGAACGUGAGGGAUGUUACUGGAGAAACCGUGCUCGGGAUCGCGAUUCGUAAGCGGGACUAUAGGAUGCAGCGCUUUUUGAUCCAGCAUGGGGUAGACACUGGCAUUGAGGUGCAAUCGUAG